AUGGAUGAUAAUUUUGCAUCAGCUGCCACGGUUUUGAGAUGGGGAAGAUGCGUCUACGCCAACAUUCAAAAAUUCAUUCAAUUCCAGCUUACGGUAAACGUUGUCACUUUUGUAAUCAACAUGGUGGCAGUAGUUUCGGCCGGUGAAGUUCCAUUAGCAUUUAGCAACAGUCCAGUUGUUGUGGAUGAAUCUUAUCAAGGACACCCUAGACGCCCUGGCUUUUACUACCGAGAAACCGCCAGGGAGCUCAUGGAUAAACCACCUCCGGGUCGUUCACAGCCACUUAUUACCAACAUUAUGUGGAGGAAUCUUCUGGCUCAAGCUUCAUUUCAGAUAGCCGUGUUAUUGACCCUCCUGUUUAGAGGUGAAUCAAUCUUCAGUGCCGUUAAUGACAAGGUAAAUAACACCAUGAUCAUCUUCAACACAUUUGUCCUUUGCCAAGUUUUUAAUAAAUUUAACGCAAGAAAGCUUGAGAAGAAAAAAGUCUUCGAGGACAUACGUAAGAACAAGUUAUUCUUGGGGAUUAUUAGGAUAACAAUUGUUCUUCAAAUGGUGAUGGUUGAAUUUCUGAUGCAAAUACUGAGAAGCUGGAGCAAUGGUUUUUAUGCGUUGGUAUUGCAGCCGAUUGGUUGGAUUGUCAAGUGUAUUCCUGAUCCAGAGAAACCAUUAUUCAGCUAUCUAGAUUCUCAAGUGGAGCAAGGCUUCAGAAGUAAAGCAGAUUAA